AUGAUCGAGAAGAAGCCUCUGGUGCUCAUCCUCGGUGCCACUGGGCGUACCGGCUGCAAGAUCAUCGAAGCUCUUCUGGAGUCAGGACAAUACAGAGUUGCUGCGCUGACCCGGUCAACGUCGGUGUCCAAACCAGAAGUAGAGGCACUUCGAUCGCAGGGCGUCGAGAUCCGCGUCGGGGACUAUGCUUCCGACCCGCCCGCCAAGUUGGCAGAAUACGUCGAGGGCGUUGCCGUGCUCUUGAGCACGGUGGCUGCAGACGUGGUCAUGGAGCAGAAACCGAUCCUCAAGGCGGCCGUGGACGCGGGGGUGAAGAGGAUCAUCCCCAGCGACUUCGGGACGCCCGAUGCGAAGGGUGUCAGGGCAUUGCAGGAUCUCAAACUUGAUGUCAGGGAGUACGUCAGGGACCUUUGCGCCGCAUCCCACGGCAUCUCCACCUACACCUUCAUCGACAUCGGGUGGUGGAUGCUGCUCACAGUGCCCAACUCGUCUACCAAGCCGUCGAGGCUCGGACGCCUCGCCGACGAGUACUACGUCGAAGACGACAAACCGAUGCUGCUUACAGACAUCGACCAUGUUGGAGCGUAUGUCGUGAGGAUCAUUGGCGACGCGCGGACGGCCAACCGAUAUGUUGUCAUCUGGGACGACGAGUUGACCCUCAGGGAGUCACGCGAGGUCGCGGAAGCCGCAAGUGGGGAGGCUGCUGCGCUCCGGGCAGCGCGUAUUGUGCUCGACAGAGCGGCGCUGGUACAGCGUGCCGCAGAACACGAGGCGAAGUAUGCGAUCACAAAAGACACCCUCACGCACACUAUCUGGACGUUCUCAGAGUACAUGAUCAGCAUCCACUUCCUCGGCAACAACUCACUUGCGAACGCAAAGAAGCUGGGCGCGCUCGACGUACGGGAGCUCUAUCCCGACAUAGUGCCCAGGCGAUUUGCGGAUUUUGCCAAGGAAUACUAUGGAGAGGCGCAUUGA